CUGGCCAAACACUAACGGCGCUAGCCCCGAGUGACGAGUGUUGGAAGACAACAAUUCGUCGACCACUCGCUGAACAAUUAUCCCGUAGAGAGCUUUGUUAAAAUUUUAUAGAUAAAUAACGGGAUAUAAUAAAACCUGUCAUCAGUGACUGCCACAACUCAAGAACUCAAAGAACUUCCAUUAUAAUUUUGCUAAUCCUAUAAUCCCAGGAAUUGAUCAUUCAAAAGUGUCAAAGUGCAUUAAUUCCCCUUGACUAUUAGUUCUCCUCAUAACAAUCGAAUUCAUAUUUGAUUAGUGAUUAGGCGCUGAUGAAUAAACGCGAUUAAAAGAACCUAACAGAUCGGGAUCGGGUAAACAGAAACACGCUGAUUGUUUGUGUCUGGGAUUGCAAAAUAAUCUCGAUAGUUAACCAUUCCUUGGAAUUCAUCGUUAACAACGGCAUUAUCCGUCAAGAAUCAGAUUUUUGGUUUAUUGAGUCGAAGAAAGAGUACAUUUGGAGCACUGAAGAGGAUUGCAUCGAUCGUUCGCCAUUUUGUUAGCCUCUAUAGUACUCGAAACAUCGCAUCACUUGCACCCCAUCGACACGCUGACAAACCACAAGUGACCCUCUGCAAUAAAAAAAAUUUAAUUUUCGAGGAGAAGAGGGCAACAGUAAUUAUCACCGACCAAGGUGAUUCGUGAAGAAUUCGUGAGGAGCGUACAUCCUCGACUUUAGUGUAUUGAUCGUGUGCGCCAUAUUAGUCUGAACCGCUUGGUCUGAGGGGAUGCGUGGGCAAACGAGGGAAGACAGUGGUUGAAGGCGGGACGAUAGUGACAUAAAAGGUGAUAAACUCAUUCAAAAAUAUUAAAAACUACUUGUCGUUGUCGGAAUCAUUUUGACAAGUGUAAAGAAACAAAAAGCAAUUAACAAAAAAAAAAAAAAAAGAAAAAGAAAAAAAGAAAGGCUCAAAACGAUAAGUGUCUGAAAAACGGAAAAAAUUUAAGCUAAAACCUUGCUUGGUAAUUAAAUUGGAGGAAGUAAGAGAAGUUUUCGAGAAGUGGAAAAAAUAUAAUCAAUCACAAGCCUAUAUUUUAUAAAUUGAGGACUAGCUGCUGCCUAGUACCCGGGAGGCAUCAGGCUGGGAGGACGUUUGAGUGAAGUGGUGGGUCCCGUCGUGGAGGAGGCCAUUGAGCCAGGGGAUGCAACCCCGCUGACGGGACCCUCGAGGGAGGCCUCGAUACCCCGAGCCCCUCCACCUCCACCUCGUAUAACAACUCCAAGUCCCCCAAGACCACCACCUCCUCCAUCACCACCCCAACAGUCCCAACAGCCUCAACAACUCCAGGUUCAUCUCCAUCCGCAUCUCACCAAGAGUUACAGCCAGGUACCAGCUCACGGCCACACUCAGAGUCAACAUCAGCACCUCCAGCUGCAACAUCAAGUCAGCGAACCAACACAAAAUCAAAACAUGGGAACUGUUCUUUCAUUUAGCCCCAAGGAGCGGCGAUCAUCAUCAGUCUAUCCACCAAUUGAUCAUCAGCAUUCAGACUUCACUCUCAACAACUUCAACUACGAACAGCUAAACAAUGCCAAGAAUCGAGAGAACAAGAGUGUCACAGCUGUUGCACCAGCGCCACAAAACACCAACAAUAAUUCAUUGCAAAAUAAUAAUAUUAAUUUGAAUAAUAAUGAUAAUGCAAGAAUUAUAUCGGAAAAAAAUGCACUGGAGAAAAAUCUCAAGAAGCAUUCGCUGUUCAUUAAUGCAUUGUCGUGGAAACGAUUUAGUACGACAAAUAAUAAUAAAAAGAAGUUGGAUAAUAAAAAUAAGAACAUCACUUUCAGACAGCCACUCGAUAAUAUUCCUAUUGUCGAUAAGAAUAAGAAUAUUCAGACACCACAGACAAAAGCUCCAGUGUCGAACAACAAUCACACAACGCACAAUUCCAAGUGCGAUAAAAUAGUGGACAGAUCACAACAGCCAACUGGACCACGUAAAACAGUUAUUCAAGCAUCAACGUCCGAGUUAUUGAGAUGUCUCGGUGUUUAUCUUCACGGUAAAUGUACACGAUUGAGAGACUUUCAAGCUGGUGAUGCUGUCAUGUGGCUUAGAACAGUUGACAGGAGUUUACUACUCCAGGGAUGGCAGGACGUACCCUUCAUCAAUCCAGCGAACGUAGUCUUCGUCUACAUGCUUGUUCGUGAGUUGGUAGAUGGUGAUGAAGCAUCGGAGCGUGAGCUACAGGCAACAGUGCUCACCUGCUUAUACCUAAGCUACAGCUACAUGGGCAAUGAGAUCAGCUAUCCACUGAAACCCUUUCUCGUUGAAGACAGUAAGGACAAAUUUUGGGAUCGUUGCCUACUGAUUGUCAACCGUUUGAGCUCAAAGAUGCUGAGGAUCAACAGCGAGCCUGGUUUCUUCACGGAGAUAUUCACCGAGCUCAAGGUAUAUGACACCCCCUGGAGACGUCCUUCACUGAAUAUGGGCGUAUAAAACCCAAAGGGCCUGCCUGCGGAACCGGAGAGCGCGGCAGUCUUACUGGGAGUGGCCUCGAGCGAACCCUCGUCGUCUCCGGAGUCGCGGUACCCACCAAGGCA